GCAUCUCCCACCACUGCUGAGGCAGAGGGAGCUUUGCCUGGACCCAAUGGCUUCCCUGUCCAACACCGACAUUUGGCGGCGCGCCCAUCGAUGCCGUGCCAUCGCCCAGGAAGCUGUCGUGCGGCCGGCACCCUGCGACGUCCGGCUUCGCCAACACGCAUCGCGCCCAAUCACGGCAUGCGAACCCGCCGUGCAUGGGCGACGUCGCGACCGCAACGCCCCCUCAAGGCCCGAGUCGGACAGGAUGGAGCGUCAGCCGCGGCAGCGUGACCGCUGGGCCUUCGACUGACGAUCGACUGACUAAGUUACUUCGUACCUUGUCUACCUACCCACCGUCGGGUGGCCGUUGCAGCAGCAGAAGCAGCAGCACCACCACCAGCGACAGCAGCAGGAUGCGUUAUGCAAGUGCCGCUCCAGUCUAGCCCCGGCCGUGCUCACACCAGCGUCCACUCCCGUGCGUCGAGCUUCUCCGCGCGGUGCAAGCCAGCCCGUCAACGGACGCUUGCUUUCGUGGCAGGCUCUGAGAAGCUCCCGCCGCCCGCGCAGUGCCGUCCCGAUAUGAGUACACCGCACGCGCCGGGCUAUGAGCACAUGUCACGCCAGCAAUGAGGUCGUCGUCGCAGAAGAAAGGAAAGGCCGUGGCUGUCCCGCCACGGUUGUCCUCUUCGGACUAGCAGCCAGUCUCCGGGCUGACGAUCAAGCGACCGCUGGCGGCGACCACUUGCGGCGCCCACCACCAGACGGGCCAGAGUACCCACCAGCAUCAGUCGUACAGGCCCUGUCGGAACGGCAAUUCGGUCGUUGUCUCUCUCCAGUGAGCGCUGCCACGGGUGCCCCGCGGCCCAAGCACCAAUGCUCAGGUCGUUGUCGUGCUGGCAAUCAUUUUGGGCACCUCUGUCAUCAACGAGCGUUGUUCCAGAGUCGUCGGACCUCGAAGGCUGCAGGUCGCUCUAACCCUUUCCUGGACGGAUGCUGCAGGCUUGCUGGCAAGCCCCCGCCCGUUGGGAUAAGAGUCCGUGUCAAUCGGCCUUCAGAAGAGCCGCAUUGAUUUUUGCGCGACCAUUGACCACUUGUCGUCCUCUCUUCCCCAUUGCUGUUUGGGCCUUUUCGAUCCAAUUGUCCCAUUUCCAGCUCCGUGUGCACCUGGCCAAGUCAAGGCGCAGCUUGCUUGCCGUCUGGCAACGUGCCCGCCCGCUGGUGUUUCUAGAAAGGUCCUGCGCGCGAGAGGACCAUGGGACCAUCAACGGAGCCGUCACCCAUCGCCAAGCCAGUGCCCGACUCCAAGAGUCGGCCAUGGCAGUCUGACUGAGCCAUACGCCGAGGCAUUGGGGUAUGUGUGUGACGCCAUGGCACUGGCUACCCAGGUCGAUGCCCAUCUGCUCCGAGGCUGCUGUGUCGAAGCCGAAAGAUCCGAUGCGGUCGCACUCCAGCUCGAGGGCAUGCGAGCUGCCCUGAACGAGCCCAGCAACCCUCACCUUACUGCGUUGAUGGAAGAGAUCCGGACUGGAAGCCGCGCUCUACGUGAACUCGCCGACCUCUCCCAAAUCCACCAGGACCGCGUUCCCUUGGUCCUUAACCCUCUCAACAUCCUUUUACCCUGUCUCCAAAAGUCUCUGAUGGACAUCACCGCGCAUUACGAGGACCGUACCAAAUCCAAGGUAAACAGAUGGCGGAAUAUGUAUCAUACCAUGACCAACGAGGCCGGCGGGUUGUGGUCUUUGCCCCAUCGCUUCAUGGCUUACAACCAGUAUCUUGGCUCCCUGCGAGACUUACUAACCAGGUCACCCAACUUCGACUUGAACAUGCUGGAGAAGAUCCGCCGCCAAAUUUUGCGGCUUCGCGAGGCCAGAGGCAUUCCUCUUCCCCCGGUCCAAGUUGGCCCGAUCGUGCGCUAUGAUUCUUUGCCUGCUGCCGACCUGGAUCCGGCUGUACACUGGGCUGAGAACAUCUUCUCGCUCCCAUUGCCUUCUCGAACCGCUCUUGGCCGGCAGCAAAUGUCCAAAUCCUUGGGUCCACAUCGUCCUUGGGGGCAUCUAAAUGUGCCGCCUAAUUCUAAGAUACUGUUUCGACGGUCGUUCGACGACGACCAGAUUUCGUUGACAGUGUAUCGGAAUAGCCGAGACUCAUCCCCAUAUCUCCUGCUGCGCAUAUUCGACCAAGGAAUGCCGUGGUUUGCCCUACGCGGUGUUCACGAGCUCUGCAUUGAGCGAAGCGGCAGCUGCUUACACUUCAAGCGAUGGAGCCGUUCCGAAAAACGCUCCAAGACUUGGGCUGUUUUGUGCUUCAUGACAUGGGAGGAACUUGUGCUCAUGCACUCUACGUUCGUCUCUCUCAAAGCGCGAAAUCGACUUACAAUUCAACUGGGCCCAGAAGAGUAUGCGCUUAGAGAGGAGCACAAACACUUUCAGGCACGAAUCCUUGAUGACGGCUUCAAACACUCCCUUAUUGUGUACGAGGAUCGAGCGACAAAGGCCCUACGCCUGCACGCUGCUGUCUGGGAUGGCGAGCUCCGGCAGUGCCCCGUGUGGACUGCAUUCGUAACGCACCAGUCGUCUUCACCCACUUGGCUGAAACGAGUCUCCAGACAUAGGGUCCGGCUGGCGGACGUGCAGCUGUACGUCUUUUGCAGAAGUUAUCGGCAGCAGAAUCAGCGUCGUGGACGGAUCGGCGCCUUCGAGAUCAACUUCAUCAGCGACGAAGCCGCACGUCGAUUCGAGGAAUUCUUCUACCCACCAGCAGCCGGGCCGGCCGUCAUGGCAUCGAGCGGCGUCUAAUUUCGCAUGUUGCUUAUGGCAUUGCAAGUUUGCAAGGAUGAUGAUUCGCUUUAUUCGCUUCAGGAUGCGGGCACACAUUAUUCAUCGUUCAUCAUUUCGUUGCUGAAUUUACUAGCGUGGCGCAGGCAGUCUCUGGCAUCAAGAUUGGUAUAGAACGGCCUAUCACAAGCAUCCAUUGACGGGAGUUGGGCCAAAAUGGCAUCAUAUCAUUCAAAAUCAUAUGCUCAUCUGGCACAAUGGAAAACAUAUAGGAAGUCUGCAGGACUCGGUCGCGCUAUAGUGCAUGGUGGGCGGG